UCUAGUUCACUCAUCCCUCCCUGCUCCUCUCCCAUCCCACCUGGACCUGGGAGCUCAAACAUGAAAAGAAAGUGACCAGGUUUUUUUUUACUCUUGGGCAAACAAAAUAAAUGACUCUGCAACUUUUAGGAGCAAGAAAGCACAUUCUGGACCAUAUCUACCACCCAUGAGUUUGUAUAAGGAUUGGCAUCUCUUCCCAAUAAGAUGAGAAAUGCCUCAGAAACAGCCUUGUUUGUUUCCACCAUAUCCAGGGAGAACGACGUGAUCAUGGGGACAAUCUAUUCUCUGUUCGGUGUUCUCUCCCUGCUCGGAAACUGUGUCCUGCUCUUUGUGGCGUAUCGCAAGAAGUCCUCCCUGAAGCCAGCAGAGUUCUUCAUCAUCAACCUGUCUCUAAGUGACCUUGGAAUGACCUUGACCCUCUUCCCACUGGCUAUCCCUUCCGCCUUCUCACACAGGUGGCUGUUUGAUGAUGUCGCCUGCCAAUACUACGCUUUCUGUGGUGUUCUCUUUGGACUGUGUAGCCUUACCAACCUCACUGUGCUCUCCUCUGUUUGCUGCCUCAAAGUGUGCUACCCAUCCUACGGUAACAAGUUCUCGUCAGCCCAUGCCUGCCUCCUGGUGGCGGGUGUGUGGUGUUACGCCUUGAUCUUUGCAGGAGCUCCCUUGGCAAAGUGGGGUCAUUACGGUCCAGAGCCGUAUGGCACAGCGUGCUGCAUCAACUGGCAGGCGCCUAACAGUGAGCUGUCUGCCAUGACCUAUAUUGUGUCGCUCUUCGCCUUCUGCUACGUUGUGCCCUGCACCAUCAUCUUCACCUCCUACACCUUCAUCCUGCUGACUGUGCGGGGUUCACGACAGGCUGUCCAGCAGCACAUCUCCCCUCAGACCAAGACCAGCAAUGCCCACAAGCUCAUCAUCAAGCUCUCAGUUGCGGUAUGUAUUGGAUUCCUGGUGGCCUGGAGCCCGUAUGCAGUGGUGGCAAUGUGGGCGGCUUUCGGAGAUGCCACGCGGGUUCCACCUAUGGCGUUUGCCAUCGCUGCCAUCUUGGCCAAGUCCUCAACCCUCUACAACCCUGUGGUCUACCUUCUCUUCAAACCCAACUUCCGCAAGUUCCUGUGCCGCGAUGCUGCUCACUGCCGACGGUGUCUGUGUGCCCAACUAUGCUGCUGCAAGCGGACAAUAGUCCAGAAGGAGGCACUGCGGAACAAGGAAUUCAGCAACUCCACGCGGCUCUCUAACGGGCUGCCUGAGAGCCACACCACCUGCCGGCACUGGCAGGAAAUCCUCUAGGAGUCUGUAGAGAUGAGAAAGUAACUGAGGGAUUAGUUAAGAGCUAACCAGGUGGGCUGGCCAGGCACUGAGAGCUGUGCACCAUGUCUCGGUUUGAUAAAACUGGUGUGGAUUUGGGGUGGAUUCUGUACUUAACUCCCAAUCUCAAAGAAUGUGCGGUUGAAUUUAACUGGAUAGCAUAGAACAGUUUACCAGCUGCAAUUUCACAAAUGUUGUAAGAUACAUUAAUAACUGCUCACGGACAACUCAUGUGCAUUAUGGAGUUAUUGUUUAUCAGAUCAAAGAAGGUGUAUCUAUAACUGCAGAACAAAAACAGCAAAGAUGCUGUUCUAUUUCAGUAUUUGACUUAUCACUGAUAUUCUCUUGUUUUUUUCAACUAGUGCCAAUAUUAUUGUCGAGAAUUGGGCUGUCAGAUAUGCUGCGGUUUUGAGGGUGCAUAGAAACAGUAUAUUGAUGAUAUCUAACUAAAAGACUGCACUACAUCAUUGAUCAGGCUGAAAUAUUCAAUUUAAAAUAUUCGAGUAAAACUAUUGCUUUUUUUCAAGAUUGUGUUAUAAAUAAGGAGGCAGCUAUUUUUUAAAGAAAAAAAAAUGUUAUUCAGUUAUGUCCUUCAGUGUCCAGAAGGUGGCGAUAGUGUAUGUCUUCAAAAGGAUGUUGAUGUGGGUUGCUCUGGGUGUGGGUGAUCUGGGUUUUUCAAAUUAACAUGGGGAUUUAAAUCCCCACUGAACACAACAAUCCGUUUUCUAGUUUGUGCAGUAAAGAAACGGAAUGGAGGUUUUGGGGAUUCAAAAGUUUAAAGAGAACCACAAAGACAAUAUGUGUGCCAUUGAAAAUGGAGAUGAAGAUGACAAGCUUAUUCUAUUGAACAACAGCAGAUGCUAAGUCCCAGUUGAAAGUGUUACUGAGAAUAUUUCAGGGGAAAUGAGAACUGAUCACCAUGGAGGUGCUUUUUAGACAAUAUAGUAUUGGUCACUGGUGUUCAUGUAUUUAUUUAUAAUAUAUGUUGCUUAAAAUAAGAAUUCAUGGUGACCCUUAGACCCUGUUGACAAUGUUAUGGCAGUCCUUUGUGCGGUUGAGUUUGAGACUGUUCAGUGCCAGUUACCAAUACCAGCUGUGCUGAAUUGUGCUGUUAUUUCCCAGAACCCCAUCUACCCAACUGAAGCCCAGCCCUCCAGAGGUACUGAAAAUGCACCACGUAGACCAGCCCUCUCCAGUUACCACCUGCCAUUGUGACAAACUCACCAGUAAGACCAUUAACAGUAUUACGUGCAUAAUAAAGGGAUUCCAAUGUAUAUACCAUCUGUCCAGUUCUCAUCACUGCAGUGCUGUGGGGUACAGAUUUAAUUGCACAACUCUGAUUGUACAAGUCGAUCUCCAGGCUACGUUGUGGUUUCUUGUGUAAUGCAAGGUCUGCAUUCUGGUUGCAUAUAUGCUUUGUUUGUAAGAGAUACAUAUAUACUGUAUAUAUCUAUAAAUCGAGAGAUUUAAAAGAUUGCUUUGGGUUCUUAUUAUUUAUUGGCACUGCGACAAGCUGUUUACAAAUGCUGUAAAUUAAAAUAAAGAUGUAUUUGUUAAAAAA